GUACUGAACGAUCCAGGCACUAGUAUGAUUGCGGCAACCCUCCGCCAAAGCACUACCGUACAAAGUAGGCUCAAGGUCGUCUUCCAUCUUGCUGUGCUUCUCGUGUCUUUCGAUCAUAACGACGUCACUUCGUACCUCACCACGGAUUGA